CGCAACAGCAGAGGUCUAUCUACAGCCAUAGACCUCAAGACAUUGACUUGCUUCAAUUAAAAGUCUCCUCCUCUGGCAAGUUACAAGAAAAACAUCCACCCGGGGAACACAGAGCAAACAAAAUGGACCCCACGCCCGACCUCGACCUCGCCAUCAACGUCGACACCGACAUCCAAGAGCUGCUGCUGGCCGCCUCGCAGCACGACCUGCCACAACUCCGCCGCCUCAUCCGCACCAACCCAUCCCCGGCCCUCGCCAACCCGGUCAACGCCCGCGACCCGGAGACGGGGCUCACGCCGCUCCACUCCGCCGUGGCCGCCUGCGAGCCGGACGACGACGACGACAAUGCAGAGCAGCAGCCUGCUGUGAACGGAGCGGCGGACAACAGCAAUGCCACCCCCAGCGCAGAGGUAGAGCAGGCCGCGCUGGAGACGGUGCGGUUUCUGCUGCUCGAGGGCGCGAUCUGGAAUGAUUUGGAUAACAACGGGGAGACGCCGGGGUGUAUUGCGCGGCGGUUGGGGCUGCGCGAGGUGUAUGAGGCGCUUGUGGAUGCGGGGGUGCGGGCGGAGUUGUUGCUGGGGCGGUUGGAUGGGUUUGGGUAUGAGGCUUUGGAUGAUGGGGAUGAUGAGGAUGAUGAGGAUGAGGAAAUGCAGGAGGAGGAGGAGGAGCAGGAAGAGCAGGAAGGUGUACCGGAGUUGGUCGAUGCCAGCGCUGCUACCACCACCACCACCACCACUACCACUACCACCGAAGAACCCACCACCAACCCAGACGUCACGCAAUCCCGCUACCUCGACUCCGGGCUGACCUUCCAACACGACCGCCUCCUCGACCAGGACCAAAACGGCGUGAUGAUGGCCUGGGAGACGGAGAUCAUGCGCAAAUCCGCCGCGGCGCUGCUGCCGGCGCCGGGCCUGCGGGUGCUCAACAUUGGCCACGGGAUGGGGAUCGUCGACGGGUUCUUCCAGGACCAAAGCCCCGCGGCGCACCACAUCGUCGAGGCGCACCCGGAGGUCGUGGCGGAAAUGAAGCGCAAGGGCUGGCACGAGCGGCCCGGGGUCGUGAUCCACGAGGGCCGCUGGCAGGAGAUCCUGCCGGCGCUGGUGGCCGAGGGCGAGAUGUUCGACGCCAUCUACUACGAUACCUUCGCCGAGUCGUACGGGGAUUUCCGCGAGUUCUUCACGGAGCAGGUCAUCGGGUUGCUGGAGCAGGAGGGCAAGUGGAGCUUCUUCAAUGGGAUGGGCGCCGAUCGCCAGAUCAGUUAUGAUGUCUAUCAGAAGGUGGUCGAGAUUGAUCUGCUCGAGGCCGGGUUCGAUGCCGACUGGGAGGAGUUCGAGGUGCCGACGCUGGAGGGCGAGUGGAGUGGGGUGCGCAGGCCGUACUGGGCUAUUGAGAAGUACCGUCUGCCAUUGUGCAGAUAUAUGGACUAGAUUAGCAGUAC